CGGGGCAGAGCGGGCCGGGCGCCAUGGGGCAGGAUUACUACGCGGUGCUGGAGCUCAACCGCACCGCCAAGGACGCCGACAUCAAACAAGCCUACCGGAAACUAGCCUUGAAGAACCAUCCUUUAAAAAAUAAAGAACCUUGGGCACCGGAUAAAUUCAGGCAGCUCGCAGAAGCCUACGAAGUGUUAAGUGAUCCUGUGAAGAGGGGCAUCUAUGAUAAAUUUGGAGAAGAGGGUCUCAAAGGAGGGAUCCCCCUGGAAUUUGGGAGUGAAAACCCCUGGUCUGUUGGCUAUGUGUUUCACGGCAAUGCUGAGAAAGUCUUCAAGGAGUUCUUUGGAGGCGAUAAUCCCUUUGCUGAGUUCUUCGCCCCAGAUGGGUCUGAGGUGAACACAGCAUUCGGGGGGCUGCGGGGAAAAGGGGUGGCGAAGCAGGACCCGCCAAUUGAGCGAGAUCUCUACCUGUCACUGGAGGACCUGUUCUACGGCUGCACCAAGAAAAUUAAGAUUUCUCGCAGGGUGAUGAACGAAGAUGGUCACACAUCCACCAUCAGAGAUAAGAUCUUAACGAUUGAUGUGCAGCCCGGGUGGAAGCAGGGCACCAGGAUUACCUUUCAGAAAGAAGGCGAUCAGGGCCCGAACAUCAUCCCAGCUGAUAUUAUCUUCAUUGUACGAGAGAAACUCCACCCAAGGUUUAAAAGGGAGGAUGACAACCUGCUCUAUGUAGCCUCCAUCCCCCUGGGGAAGGCUUUGAUUGGCUGCACAGUGGAUGUGAGAACCCUAGAUGACAGGUUGCUUAAUAUUCCCAUCAAUGACAUAGUCCACCCCAAGUACUUCAAAACCAUGCCGGGGGAAGGGAUGCCUCUGCCCAGCGACCCCACGCGCAAAGGGGAUCUCAUCAUGUAUUUUGAUAUCUGCUUUCCCGAAAGGCUCACACCUGCCAAGAAGCAGCUCCUGAGACAAGCACUCCUGACUUAAGGAUGCUGUGAAUUCAGCUCCCUGGGACCCAGGGGAAUAAAGCUUUCCUCGCUCUUGAUACAGAUUAUGUUAUUGGAGCUAUAAAUGGCUCCCCUACUGAUUGGGGUCAUUGAAACAGUCCCUUUAAUGACUGCAGAGAAGGGCACUUAAAGAAGCAGCUGGGGUUAGUGACAAAACCGAGCUCCGUACUGGUUAAAGCUCAGCAAUACUUUUUAUACCAGUGGGGAACACUGCUGUCCUGGUCCCAUUAAACUUCUCCCUGCAUUUCAAGUGGAGGCUGAUGGUCUUCACAUCCAGUCCUAAACUGCAGUUUGUAGCUCCCCUGUUCCACCCCUGAGGUGGCUGCAUUUCCAUAGUGGCUGAUACAGUGUGGAAAGCCUUUAGGAAUGAAAGAUGCUAGAAAAAUGUAAUUGACCAGCCUUGUGCAAAGCACAGUAGCAGGUAGAGAAAGAAAUGCCUUUCAUUGCCCUGUGUGGGAGACUUCUGAGCUAAGGAGCAGAGCCCCACUGCCCAUCACUGAGCCGAAUGCUGGCCGGAGCCCUGGAAUUCCUCCCCACUCAUGGCCUCCCUCUGUCCAGCACCAAGGAAGGGGCUGAUUUCUCCUUGCUCAGUUUCCGUUCUGUCCAGUCUCCCCAUCUGUGGCUCUUGGCCACCAGCAGGGACCUGCUAGGGGUCUUGUUUGGCAGGGAGGAAGUUUCUACUUCCUCACAGAUACUGAAUGGUUAUUACUGCUGCUUGAAGAGGAAAGUAACACGUACUUAAUAGAGACAAUGGUGUUUUGCUGGAUCUCAGGCCAAAACUUGGGGGUAUGUGUGUGCGCACACAUUCAUGGGCCUUUGAGUCAAUGGGAAUUCUGCUUAGUGGCACUGGAAGCUGCUCUCCCCCUCCCUACACAACUGCCCCUCUACUUCCAUCCCCCUGGGCCCUGCCAGCGCAAGAGGCAGCACUAAAGUGAGGGCUACCAAGGGAAUAGGCAGAGGUACUGCCUGCCUCCCACGUGGAGACAGUCAAAAGGGGGGCAAUGUCUCCCCCCCAGUUAGACUGUGGAACUCACUGCCACUGGAAGUCACCAAGCCCAUGGUAGGAUCACUUGAUAUAGGAGAUGCUAUAAUCACUGAUAGCAACAUGAUCUCCCUUCCCAAAUGUAACCUCCUGCUUCAGGUUUAAGCCACUUUCUAACCCAUAGGGAGCAGGCUGUUGGGUGGAAUUGUACAUCUGCUACUGGGUGGUUUUUAAACCUUCCUCUGAACCAGCUGCUGUUAGCCCCGGUUGGAGCUAGCUGGGGCUCAGCUCUGAUCUAGUUCCUGACCUCAGCUCCUGUCACUGCUGGAUCAGCCUUAGGGGCUGAAUGGGAGGUGUCAGCAAGAAGAAGAGACCAACAGCCUCUGCUUCCAAAUCGUAACCCUCCCUUUGUGUGCAGAGAGGCAGGCUGG